AUGGUAGCAACUUAUGCUGGAAACUUUCAUCAAGAUUUUGACCUAACAUGGGGAGGAAACCGACCCAAAAUAUUCAAGGGAGGCCAGCUUCUGUCUCUAUCCUUGGACAAAGUUUCUGGCUCUGGGUUUCAGUCCAAGAAAGAGUACCUAUUUGGGAGGAUUGAUAUGCAGCUUAAGCUUGUUCCUGGCAACUCUGCUGGCACCGUCACUGCAUAUUACUUGUCCUCUCAAGGCCCUACCCACGACGAAAUCGACUUCGAGUUCUUGGGAAAUCUCAGUGGCGAUCCUUACGUUUUGCACACCAAUGUUUUCACUCAGGGCAAGGGAAACAGAGAGCAACAAUUCUAUCUCUGGUUUAAUCCCUCAAGAAACUUUCACACCUACUCCGUCAUCUGGAAACCCCAACAUAUAAUCUUCUUGGUUGACAACAUUCCCAUUAGAGUAUUCAACAACGCCGAAUCAGUUGGUGUCCCAUUCCCUAAGAGCCAACCCAUGAGGAUUUACUCAAGCCUCUGGAACGCCGACGACUGGGCCACCAGAGGAGGCUUGGUCAAAACGGACUGGUCAAAGGCACCGUUCACAGCAUACUACAGGAAUUUCAAUGUCAUAGAAUCGAAAACAUCCAACUCCUUCGCUGAGUGGCAUACCAAUGCGCUUGAUGCUCCCAGCAGAAGACGUCUCAGAUGGGUUCAGAAAUAUUUCAUGAUUUACAACUAUUGCACCGACUUAAAACGCUUCCCACAAGGCCCUCCAGUUGAGUGCAGACAUUGA